AUGAGCUCCCCGAAAGAGAGCCCUGAGCAACUUCGGGCGCGUUUAGCAGAUCUUACCGCCCGUGCUGCGGCAAAAGAUGCUGUGAAAGAUUUCAAUGCUGCCGCUGAGCUAUACUCUCAAGCCACUGAGCUCCAAGCCGAACUGAAUGGGGAAAUGUCCGUGGACAACGCUGACCUUCUCUACGCUUAUGGCAGAUCUCUUUACAAUGUUGCCGUAAGCAAAAGUGAUGUCCUUGGCUCUAAGAUCCCAGGGGACCAGGCGCUCGCCGAAAAUGCGACAUCUUCCGGCUCAACGUCUACGAACGAAGGACUCAUCAAGAACGCUAUUGCCAGUUCCGCAUCGAAAAGUGCAUUUGAAACAACGGAGCAGGUGCAAACAAAAUCGCAAAUAAAUCAGCAAUAUUUUCAAUUCACAGGCGACGAGAAUUUCGACGACUCGGACUCCGAGGAGGGGGAGGAUGAAGCGGACAAGGAAGAAGAUGACGAUGAUUUUGCCAACGCUUUCGAAGUACUGGACUUGGCACGCGUUCUUCUCUUGAAAAAGUUGGAUGGAAUGGAGAAUAAAAAAGAUGAGAAGGGGAAGUUGGCGGAGAUGCCAUUUGACAUUAGACACAUCAAGGAACGACUUGCAGAUAUCUAUGAUCUACAGGCCGAAAUCUCAUUGGAAGGCGAAAGGUUCACGGAUGCCGUUACCGAUCUCAGGACAGCCCUCGAGCUAAAGGAAGCACUUUUCCCUCUGGAGGAUCCUUCAGUUGCAGAGUGUCACUACAAGCUCUCUCUUGCUCUUGAGUUCGCCUCUGUCACAAAGCAAGAAGAUGGGGGUGAGCCAUCUAAAGCUGGCAAGACUGCCAGAGUUGAUACUGCUAUGAGGGACGAGGCAGCGAAGCAUAUGGAAAUUGCUAUUGAAAGUUGCAAAAUUAGAAUGACACAAGAGGAGCAAAAGCUGAACAAUGGCGAAAUAACAGAGGAGGAUAAAGUGAAUGCCGCAAGACGAAAGAUUGCCAAUGUUAAGGAAAUUGUCGCGGACAUGGAACAACGACUUGUUGACCUUCGACAGCCUCUGGUCUCAAUUAACGAUCCUAGUCAGAAUGCUGACAAUACAGUAAACGGCAUUCUCGGGCAAAUUAUGGGGAAGACGCCCGAAGAACAAAAUGCACGCCUGGAUGAGGUCGCGAAGAAUGCCAAUGACCUAUCCGCACUGGUAAGAAAGAAGGCUCCAUCCGAUCCCGCGCACAGGAAACGUCCACACGAAAGCAGUGAGCAGGGAGAAAGUGUGAAACGGGCUAGAGCGGAAGAUGCUUCUUGA